AUACCAAAUACAAAAUAAGAGUUGAAUCUAGAGUUAUUACCAAGACGUAUAUUAUGGAUAAUUUAUGGAAGUAGAAUUAAGCCAGUUAUACAAAUAAACCAAUUAUAAGUGGAAAGGAAGUACAUCAAUACAAAAUAAAUGAUGAGACUGAAAUCUAAUUUAAUUUGGUGUUGUUUACAAAAUUAAACAAAGAAGUAAGUGAUUGCUCUUCUCAUUCUUUAUUAAUCAAAUAGAUCUUCUAAAUGUCGACUUCUCCAAACUAUCCAAAUUAAUUUCAUGUCACAAGUUGUUGCCAAUAAGAAGUAAAAGAAAGCAGGUAAAAUGAAAUAUUAAAAGUAUUGCUAGAAUUGAUCAUAUAUUUUACAUAAUUAAUUAAUGCUUUAUAGAGAUUUUGUAGACAUAUGUAUGAAUCUUGA